ACACAACGGCAUGGAGAAACCAAGGAGGCGGCCGAGAGAGGAGGGUGUGUGAGAGUGACUGCAAGGAGCAGCCAAUCACAGGCUGAACCUCAAUGAAGCGGGUUCUCAAACCGCCAUUUUGUUUCAAAGGCGCGUUGGUCCCUGUGGCGCCACUUCCUAUUGGUUGUACCGGGCGCGCGGCCGCCGCGGUACCUUCAGUCCUUAUGGAAAAAAAUACUCUUGGCAGAAGAUACGAAACAAGGAAAAGCACAAGAGCAGAAGAACCAUUAGCCAAAUCUCGGAUUGACUGGCGACGUACAAGACAAAGUAGUAGAUUCCUUGAUAGUGAGGAAGAGGAUGAUGAAAUUGCAUCACAGUCAGAAGAAGAACUUGAAACAAGUUCAGAAGAUGAUAUGGAUGAAAAAGAACAAGAUGCAUCUGUUCUUAGCAAUAGUAGAGAUGAUAUAGGUAGGGUAGCUAGUCUUCCAGCUUCUGGGACAGGUUAUGAUGGCACAGCAGGAGAAGACAAGGAAGAGGAAAAUAUCAACGUUGGGAAGCGCAAAAGGUCUCGGCCAUCUGUGGUUUAUGACAGUGAUGAAAGUGAUGACAGUGAUAUUGUUAGAAAAGUGUUUGCUAAACGCAAUUGUGUUGUAGAUGAUGAAGACUUGGCUAAUGCACAGGAGCAGAACAAGUCACCUGCAGAAGAAGCAACAAGCAGAAGACAAAAAAGGCUAGCAAAACUGCAGGAACUGUCCCAACAACGAUCCAGACAGAGUUAUAGUGUCAGUGAAUGUGGAGAGGAUACUGAAGAUGAUGUGGGAACACUAGAUGAUUCUUGCCAGUCACCUUUCUCUCAGGCUGAAACCAGUGACACCUCCGAUGGUGACAGCAUGAAAGAUUUCAUAGUAGAAGAGGAGGAGGGAGAUGGCUUGCCAGAGGAAAACCUUGAGGAAAAUGAAGGAAAGCCACCAGAGAAAAAGAAAGCUGCAUCAAGCACACUGUUGGAGAAGCACAUGCCAUUCUUGUCUCGCGUUGAUCAUUUUGUCCAUUUUCAAAGAGUUGUAAAGGCUUUUCUAAUCAACGCAAUUGAUAAAACCUUUUUGAUCUCAUUAUAUGAGGGAGAGAGACAAAAGAGGUAUGCGAAAGAUAUGCUGACUUCACUGCAUUACUUGGAUGAUCGUUUUAUUCAACCUCGUCUUGCCAAUUUACUUGCUAGAAGUCGCUGGAAACAACGAUACAAGGAACGAGUCGAUAGUUAUCCUAAUAUCCACAUAACUUUAAGAAACCCAGUGAAACGUUCUUGUGAGGCCUGUGAGCUGCAGAGGUACUGUAACUUUCAAGUGACUCUCUCCGGAAAAUUAUACAAUAACGAAACAAUGGAAAUAGAUGACUUCAUGCUAGAGGACAGACAGAUCUUAAUAGUUGGGUCUGUAUGUGGAGAGCGUGCCCGAAUUUAUCACGAUUUGAAACACUUUAAAUAUAAAUUAUAUCAAAAUUGCUUCUUCGUUAUGAAAAAAGAAUCUCAAGAUGAGCCUGUCAAAGAUACAGUGGAUAGAGUUUUCAGUCUACUAGAUGACGAUGGCUGGAUUCAAAAGCAAUAUAAGACUCUCGAAGACUACAUGGACAGUGCAGAUUUCUUCCAAGAUGAAAAAAUGGACUGAGUGCUUGCAUUCACCUUUUGAAGAAGGAUUUAAAAAAGAAUUUCCACAAUGUGCUUCCUUUAGCCUGGUGAUAAUAUGUGAAAAUCAUGCUAUAUUGAGUUACUUUUCUUUUUAUUUCAAAGAGUUAGUAAUAUAUAUGCUUGCUGUUACAGAUGCCACUAAGGUUUUUUCAUAUUUCAUUUUAAUUGUAAGAAUAAUCAUGUAAAGUUUUUCUGUAGUAUAACUCAUCUCUUUUGUAUUUUUGAAUGUGAUGUACUUCAGCUUAAUGAUACAAAAACAAAAACAGUUACUGAACAACCCAGGUGUUCUUCCAGGAAUUAAAAUUUCUAUUCAGUGAUA